GAGCAUCAUCAGUCCUCCUUUGACGGUCGACGAUUACGGUUCGCGUGCGUUCCCCUUCUCUAUUUUUCUUUCUCUUUCUCUCGCGUUCUUUUUCUCGAUAAUAACAAUUGAGUUUAAGGAUAUAGCAAAGCGUCCGUUGCUGCUGCUUGUGUUGGUGUAUACACACAUCUACACGUUCGUGCCUACGUAUUAUACGUAUACAAUAUACAGCAGCUCUCUCGUGACGCGCAGUUAGUCGAUCAGCGCAUAAAAUACCUCUAUCCACAACACAGCUCUGCUGCUACUACUGCUGACCGUACUAGAGCGACAAAGACGGACUCUGGGUUGUCUGACACACUCUGCGGGCUGUGUGAAACCAGAUCGCGUACGUAAUAAAUCGGAGCAACGAGAGACUCUGCUGCUGCUGGUUUCCGUGCGUCUCUUUCUCUCGCUUUUUGUAUAUACACCUAUACCUACGCGCGUACUGUGUGUAUUAUGAGCGCGCGCGCGUGUGUACCGUGUGCGUGAGAGACAGAUUGGUCAGCGCUAAAUUGUAUACAUACAACUGAUAACAGUCCGCAGCUCUGUUGUCUGCGACCAGUGAAAUUGCCUAGUGCCUGUGUAUUUCGUGUGUACGGCCGUCUUUGUUAUUGCGCGUCGAUAGCAGCGCAAAUCGUCAAUUUUUCCCAAAAUAACGUCGACUUUUAUCUGCUAAUGAUCCGUCGUAAAAUACAAUAAAAAGCUCGCGACGUGCUUGUAGUCACCCGCUGCCGAUCGCACACGACGCUCGACGACGACGACGACGACGACCAUGAGCUUCUGCUGCUUCCUAGCAGACGGAUAAACGAGGCCUACGUAUAUACACAUUAUAUACAGCGCGUACACACAGAGAAUACUUCAACAGCUAUAUACAUACAGAGUUAUAGGUAUAUUAUAUAUAUACCAGCCGAACGAAUCUUGUUGUGUCUGUAUACAUAUAUCUGUGCAGUGUGUGUGCAUCGCUCGCCUAUAUACUCUCUCGUUGUUGUCAGAGCCGUGCUUAUAUACGUUCAACUAAAUAAACUCUCGAAACGAGAGUCGCGUGCUGCGCCUUAUUUCUGACACUCGCCGUUGACACUGCUGUCCAUCUCCGCAGCUGCAAUCAGCUUUUGUAUACAUACUCUAGAAAAAAUAAGAAAUCAUGCCGCUUUUUGGUAAAUCACAGAAAAGCCCUGCCGAAGUGGUAAAGGCUCUUAAAGAAGCAGUCAAUGCUCUGGAGCGAGGUGAUAAAAAAGUUGAGAAGGCACAAGAGGAUGUAAGUAAAAAUUUAGUUCACAUAAAAAAUAUGCUGUAUGGAACCGCUGAAUCAGAACCACAAGCUGACAUAGUAGUUGCUCAAUUAGCACAAGAGCUUUAUAACAGCAAUCUUCUGUUAUUGCUGGUUCAAAAUUUGAGUCGAAUAGAUUUUGAGGGCAAAAAGGAUGUUGCUCAAGUUUUUAAUAACAUUUUGCGUAGACAGAUUGGUACAAGAUCUCCUACUGUAGAAUAUAUCUGUACAAAAUCAGAAAUUUUAUUCACUUUGAUGUCAGGAUAUGAACAUCAAGAUAUUGCAUUAAACUGUGGUACAAUGCUGAGAGAAUGUGCUCGAUAUGAAGCUUUGGCAAAAAUUAUGAUAUACUCCGAUGAUUUCUACAAUUUCUUCAGAUAUGUUGAAGUAUCAACUUUUGACAUAGCUUCUGAUGCUUUUUCAACUUUCAAGGAACUUCUUACUAGGCAUAAAAUUCUCAGUGCUGAAUUCUUAGAAGUUAAUUACGAUAAAGUUUUCUCACAUUAUCAACGAUUACUUAAUUCAGAAAAUUAUGUAACUCGCCGACAAAGUUUGAAGUUACUUGGAGAACUUCUACUUGAUAGACAUAAUUUUACAGUGAUGACUAGAUAUAUCUCUAAUCCAGACAAUUUGAAACUAAUGAUGAACAUGUUAAAAGAAAAAUCACGCAAUAUACAAUUUGAAGCUUUUCAUGUCUUCAAGGUGUUUGUAGCAAAUCCUAACAAACCUAAGCCUAUUCUCGACAUUCUUUUGCGUAAUCAAGAGAAGUUAAUCGAAUUUUUGACACGUUUUCACACGGACCGUUCAGAAGAUGAACAGUUUAACGAUGAAAAAGCUUAUUUGAUCAAGCAGAUUAAAGAGCUUAAGGCUGUACAUGAAAAUUAA